AAAAAAAAAGAUUGUCGAGUCACGAGUGCUGAUCGCUGGAGCUAGAGAGGAGAUUCGAGAAAUCAAAUUUGAGCACGAACCUUAUCCAUAUAUAGAAACACCUCCGAGCAGUGGGGCGAUGGAGGAGAAAACGACGCCGUUACAGAUCUCUGAAGAUCUUUCCCGGAAAAUAACAUCUCUCGCCGCCGGCGAAGCGCAUACCAUCGCUCUAACAGGCGAUGGAUGUGUUUACUCGUGGGGAAGAGGAAUGUUCGGCCGUAUCGGGACGGGGAGAGAGUCAGACGAGCUUGUUCCAGCUCGAGUCGAGUUCGAGUCCCCAGCAGCAGCUCGAAUCGUUGGUAUUGCUGCUGGUGCUUAUCACAGUCUCGCUCUCUCAGAAGAUGGCUCGGUUUGGUGUUGGGGUUAUAACAUUUGUAUCCUUUAUUUUGAUAACUAUUUUAUUUUCAUGCUCUCUCUUCUCUAUAUAAUAAUGCCUUGGAUCCUUGACUGGUGAAUGGAUGGCCAACUUGGUUUUGAUGGGGAGAACACCUCGGCUCCACGCUUGAUACAGAACUUCUUUGAUUCAGGUGGAGAAGCUAGAUCAGACUUAAAGGUUUGUGCUGUCAAGGCUGGAUCCAUGAUGUCGCUUGCCAUUGAUAAUGACGGAGGUCUUUGGAUGUGGGGCAAUGUUCCUCCUCCACAAGACACCGGACCUGAGCCUCGUUUGUCUUUCACAAGCGUCCCGAUUCCGUGUCCUGUACGGGAGUUCCAUGGCCGGACUGUUUUGAAGGUUGCGUGUGGGGAUGAGCACGUUGUUGCUCUUGUUGGUUCUAAGGAGAUCCCAGAAGAAUCUGCGUUGUAUUCUUGGGGUAAUAAUCAUCAUGGCCAGUUAGGGCUUGGGGAUGGAGAGAGCCGUGCAAGGCCUCAGAUUGUGGAGACGUUUAAUCAGGAAUCUGGUCUUACGGUCUACGACAUAGCUUGCGGUGCUCACCACACAGCUCUUCUCACCUACAGGAAGGAGACACCGAACGGACCGAGCGUUUGCUGGACAUUCGGGUUUGGGGAAAAUGGUCAGCUUGGGCGUGGAAGCACCAAGAGCUCAUCGGUUCCAGAGCCAGUUUCAGAGCUCCCGGAACAUGCUCACUUAGUUUCUGUGGACUGUGGGUUGUUCCACACAAGCGUGGUGUCAUCCGAGGGACACGUGUGGUCAUGGGGAAUGGAGAGGGGACUGGGGUUAUGCCCUGAUGUGAAUUUCUCAGAAGUGGAAGCAGGAGACGACAGUGUACCAAGAAAGAUCUCAGGUGGGUCAAGAUUCCGUGACCCGGUUCAGGUUUCUUGCGGGGCUGCACAUACGGUUCUUGUGGCAAACGGUGGUUACAAGCUGUGGUCUUGGGGAAGAGGGAGAAACGGAGUGCUUGGGACAGGGAACGUUAUGGACUGUUAUGUUCCUACCCCUGUCUUCUGGCCGACAAAUGAGCUGAAACAGGACAGUGAAGAAGCGCCUAAACCUGAUGAUGACAAAAGCUCAUCAACGGAGGAGAUUAGACAGCUACAGUCAAAGCUAAUGGUGAUGGAAAGAUAUGCAAGCAUACUCCAUGGAUCCAUAUUUGGAAAACCUUUCAAUGAAGAGGAAGACAUCCCGUAUUCGUUACGGGUUUCUGGGUACUUCGAUAUGGGAAAAGAGUGGGGAGAGAUGCUGGAGAGUGCAGAUAAGAGUCAGCUUAUGAGGCUUCAAGCUUUCUAUGAGGACAUGAUUAGUAGGGUUAAGGAUAAGGUGUUGCAGAGAAGGAUUCAGGAGAUUAUGAAAGAUUGUCUUCAAUCAUCAUCAGCCCCUAAACAGUAGUAAUAUCAGUUGUUGUAUUGAUAAUAUUGGUGUUCAAAAAGUAAAAAGUUGUACUGAUAAUAUUAGCGGGAGAAGAGAACAUUUUUUUUUUUUGUCA